AUGUUGAUUAAGUUCAAGAAUGGAUAAAUACGCAAAAGUUUAUAUACGCAUUAAACCUUCAGAUAGAUUUUCAAGCGAAACCUUUAAUUUGUUACCAGAUGAAAAAUCGUUGAAUGUUAAUAUUCGGAAAGAGAAGGAGAAUGGUUACAUUGACAAUCAAGUUAGAGAAUGGAAUUUUAAGACUUGUGGAAUACUUCAUAACGCUUCUCAAAACAUAGUAUAUGAAAAAUGCGCGGCUCCUCUAGUUUCAAAAUAUCUCGAUGGUUACAGUUGUACAUUAUUUGCUUACGGACAAACUGGAUCAGGAAAGACAUACACAAUAACUGGAUCGUGUCAUAAUUUUCAGCAAAGAGGAUUGGUACCGAGAACUAUCUCUCAAUUGUACAAAGAAAUCAACGAACGUCAUGAACAAGAAAUUAGUGUUAAAAUUUCUUACCUAAAAAUUUAUAAAGAAACAGUUUACGAUUUACUUGUUCCUAUAAAAAGUGAAUCCCAAGUUGAUGAGCUAAUACUCACUGUAAAUGAACAUGGAGAGACCUAUGUAAAAGGGCUUUCGCUUCAUGACGCAGCGACUGAAGAAAUAGCAUUAAGUAUUCUUUUUGAGGGAGAACUGAAUCGAAGAACUCGCCAGUUUGAGAAAAAUGAAAAUAAAUCGCAUUAUAUUUUUACAAUUUUAAUCAAAACGAGGCAAAUUCAAACGAAUUCUAAGUUUCUAAUAUCGAAAUUUAAUUUUGUUGAUUUGGCAGGAUCUGAACGCAUUAAAAAAUAUCCUUUUGAAACACAAAGCCAAACAGUAAAAGUUAAUAAAUCGCUUUCAUUCUUUGAGCAGACAGUGCGAGCGUUGUCCGAGAGGUCAAGACUACACAUUCCAUUUCGUCAAACUAAGUUAACACACUUAUUACAAGAUUCUUUGGGAGGAAAAUUCGAAAUUGUAAUGAUUGGAAACAUUCAGGGAGAGCGUGAGAAUAUUGAAGAAUCGCUAUCAACAUUACGGUUUGCUUGUCGCGUUAUGAAAAUUCCAACACAACCUGUAAUUAACUUUUCUGUUGACCCCACUUAUCUUUGUAACCAGUAUAAGAAUGAAAUUUCUUUGUUAAAAAAAGAAUUAGCUGCGUAUGACACACUAGCUGAUAAAAGUGACAUUAAUUAUUUGUCGUUUACUGAUAGUGAAAUCAAUGACAUCCAUCAGCAAGUUUUAAAAUACAUCAGUUUUGACGUAGAAAAAAUCAAUUUUGUAAAUUUAAAACAAAUCAAUGAAAUAUUAGUUCAAUUUAGAGAUAUUGUAAAUCAAACUGAAGCACGCGUUGAAAAGCGUUUACAAGAAAAGUAUGCUCCUAAGGAAAAGAAAGAGAAUUGUGAAAAGAAUAUCGAACCAAUAAAUACACCAGAAAAAGGAAGUUUGGUUGGAGAAAAAGAGGCAAACAGUUUUAGCAUAGGUCGUCCAGGUACUUUUGUAAAACCUGCAAUGUCGCCAGCUAUUGUAAAUCUCAAGAAGAAAAAUAAAAAGACAAAAGAAAAUGCUGAAGGAGAACAUCACUUAACCCCAAAUCCUUUAUUAUCGUCUAUUUCAGUAAAGAUGGAACCUAGUAUCCAUAACUUCAUACAAGAUAUUCCUCCUUCUAAAAACGAAGCUUAUGAGACAUUCAAACAUAAAGCUGGUGAUGCGCUUUACAAAGCACUUAUUGAAAAUAAAGAUUGCUUAUCGAAAAUAGUUUGCAAAGAAAGGGAUAUUUCUACAGUAAUGAAUAAAAGUUUACAAGAAAUAGAGCAGCUAAACAGUAAUCUUAAAGUUUUAAAAGAUGCCAACGAAGAAAUCUUUCAAAACGGCAUUGUUGUUUUAGGUGAAGUGCAAUUUGACACGCUUAACAAACUUCAUUCUUUGAAAAAAGAAUACCGCUCAAAUUACAAGCACCUUCAAAAUCUUCGAGUUGAUAAAAUUAAUUUGGAGAACGUAAUAAAAAGAUGCCGUCAAAAACUAUUAAACGAAUUUGAGUUUUGGUAUAAAGAAAGUUUUGGAAUUGCAGAGCAAAAUUCCAAAGAUAAAAAACAAACAUCCUGUUUCUCUGUCAAUGAUGACCGAGGAGCAUGUUUUGAAAAAGCUGAAAAAACUCUUCUUAUGAAAUCUCCAGAAUCGGCAGCAUUCUAUAGUGCUCGCUUACAGACAGACAGGAGAAAGUUGGCAGAACAAUUUUUUGAAACAAAGCAAACAUAAAUAUUAAAAUA